AUGUCUUACUUCAAAUGCUUCCAUUUUUUCAUGGUCAUUUUGCAAGUCUUUGCUGCAAAUCCCAUCUUCUCAUUAACAGAUUCCUCCCUCACUCAAAAUCAGCUCUUCACCAACUUCCUAGACACUGCCAAGAAUCCUGAGAUUUUUGAUUGGAUGCUCACAGUCAGAAGGAAGAUACAUCAGUUUCCGGAAUUGGCCUAUAAAGAAUUUCAGACCAGUGAACGAAUAAGAGGGGAAUUGGAUAAGUUGGACAUCUCUUAUAUACACCCAGUUGCAGUCACCGGCGUUAUUGGCUACAUAGGAACUGGAAAAUCACCUUUUGUUGCAAUAAGAGCUGAUAUGGAUGCUCUUCCCAUACAGGAAUUGGUGGAGUGGGAGUUCAAGAGUCAAGUACCUGGAAAGAUGCACGCUUGUGGUCAUGAUGCUCACACUACCAUGCUUCUUGGUGCUGCAAAAAUUCUCAAACAACACGAACAAGAGAUACAAGGAACUGUUGUUCUUGUUUUCCAACCAGCAGAGGAAGGAAGUGCAGGGGCUAAGAAAAUUGUUGAAUCUGGAGCAUUGGAAAAUGUUAGUGCUAUCUUUGGACUUCAUGUGGCACCUACGACUCCAGUAGGUGAAUCUGGAGCAUUGGAAAAUGUUAGUCCUAUGAUGGCAGGAGCUGGUACCUUUGAAGCAAAAAUAAUUGGAAAGGGAGGUCAUGCUGCUAUUCCUCAUACUUCUAUUGACCCUGUUUUGGCAGCUUCUAAUGUGAUUGUUAGCUUACAAUAUCUAGUUUCUCGCGAGGCUGAUCCUUUGGACUCCCAGGUUGUGACAGUUUCAAAGUUUCAAGGAGGUGAUGCAUUCAAUGUGAUUCCAGAUUAUGUCACAAUUGGAGGAACAUUUAGAGCUUUUUCCAGAGAAAGCUUGGAGCACCUGAAACAACGCAUUGAGCAGGUUAUCAUUGCACAAGCUUCUGUGCUGAGGUGCAACGCGAGUGUGAGCUUUCUUGAAGAAGUGAACCCUUUAUAUCCUCCAACUAUAAAUGAUGGUGACUUGCACGAGCAGUUUCGCGAUGUCGCGGUGAAUUUGCUCGGUGCUGAUAAGGUUCACUUUGACAUGCCGCUGGUCACAGCUUCUGAAGAUUUUGCCUUCUAUCAAGAGGCUCUUCCUGGCUACUUCUUUGUCCUUGGAAUGCAGAAGGAUCAUCGGACUGAUUCGCUGCACUCGUCGUAUCUCAUGAUCAAUGAAGAAGGGCUUCCUUAUGGAGCUGCACUUCAUGCAUCGUUAGCUGUUAACUAUCUUCAAAAAUAUCAGCAAGGGGAAGAGAAAAUAAAUGAAUGGUAA